UAAAUUAGUGUCCAAAUAAACGUUCUGAUUCUCAAGAAUCUUGUCUCAUAUAUCUAUCUCUUUGAUUUCUUCUCUUUUGUAUAGAUCCAAAGUAUACACCAUACACUCUCCAAGAAAGAGAGUGUGGCUUUAGGAAUUAGGACCCUUUUUUAAUAGGCCAGUGUCCAUGUUAUGAGAAUUGUGAAGAAGAAAUGAUGAUCAUUACCUUCUUACACAUGAAAGCAUUGAUCUGUUUCUUCUUCUUUGUGUUUGUCCCCACAUCGGGGAAUGACCUCUUAAGCUGUGAGACAACUUCACCAGAUGCAUCUGGCUACAGCUGCAUACAAAAUAAUAAAAGCUCUAUUCAAUGUGCAACAUUUGCACUCAUUCACACAAAUCCAUACUUUUCUUCUCUCUCAAACCUCACUCAUUACUUGGGACUUAACCGUUUUUUGAUAGCAAAAUCAAAUGGUUUCUCUCCAGAAAACACUGAAAUCCUCUCCAAUGAUCAACCCCUUUUGAUACCAAUUGAUUGCAAGUGCAGCAAACAUGGUUUUUUCUAUGCUGAAUUAACCAAAACCACCAUCAAAGGUGAGAGCUUCCAUGGCAUUGCUGAAUCACUUGAAGGCUUAACUACCUGCAAGGCCAUAAAAGAUCGAAACCCCGGCGUGUCGCCUUCGAAUCUCGACGGAGAAUUCAAGUUGCUGAUUCCAUUAAGAUGUGCAUGCCCAGUUUCAUCUUCUCAAGAACAGAGGGCUCUGCUUUCUUAUCCUGUAAGUAAAGGCGACACGGUUUCGAAUUUGGCUUCAAAGUUUAAUGUUACUAUAGAAUCCAUAAUUUCUACAAAUAAUUUAUCAUCAUCAGAAGGGUUUGAAACUCAAAGCCUUACACCUUUUACAUGCCUUCUGAUUCCAUUGUUAAAUGAUAAUCCUGUGGCUAAACCCUCUAAUAAUCCGGUGAUUAGUCCACAAAAGAAAACAAAAAUGUGGAGAACUGAGUUGUGUAUUGGCCUAGCCGGUGUUGCACUUGGACUCUUCAUUGCUUCUUUAGUGGGAUUCUUUUUCAUCAGAUUGAAGAACAAGAAGCAGAGUGUGAAGAACAAUAAUAAGUGUAAAGAGUUAGAUAUGGAGCUUCAACAUCUGAAUCUGAGUGUAAGAACAACCAGUGACAAAAAAGUCUCAUUCGAGGUACCUCACGAGGGGAAGAUCCUAGAAGCUGCGACGCCUCGAAAGAUUUUCCUUGAGACAUACACAAGGGAGGAAAUUCGGAACGCAACAGAAGACUUCAGCUCAAGCAAUCACAUUGAGGGGCCGGUGUUCCAUGGCCGAUUGAACGGCAAGAACAUAGCAAUAAAAAGAACAACGAACGAUGUCGUUUCGAAGAUAGAGUUCGGCCUCUUCCACCACUCAGUUCAACGUCACCCCAACAUUCUAAUGCUUCUUGGAACAACAAGCUUGCUAGAGGGUCCAGAUUCCUACCUGGUUUUCGAGUAUGCGAAAAACGGAUCCUUGAAAGACUGGCUUCACGGUGGCUUGGCAAUCAAGAAUCAGUUCAUUGCUUCAUGCUAUUGUUUCUUGACGUGGAGGCAGAGGCUCCGGAUCUGCCUCGACAUAGCCGGCGCCUUGCAGUACAUGCAUCAUGUGAUGAUCCCAAGCUAUGUUCAUAGGAACAUAAAGAGUAGGAACAUUUUCUUGGAUGAAGAGUUUGGCGCAAAACUUGGGAAUUUCGGUAUGGCAAUGUGUGCUGAGAAUGAAACUGAAGAUCCACAUUUCUAUUCCACAAACCCUGCUUCUUGGAGCCUUGGUUAUUUGGCACCUGAAUAUGUUCAUCAAGGUGUAGUUUCACCAAGCAUUGAUGUGUUUGCUUAUGGGGUGGUUUUGUUGGAGGUUUUGUCCGGCCAAACACCCAUAAGCAGGCCUAAUGACAAGGGUGAAGGGAGUGUUUGGCUCACGGAUAAAAUCCGGUCGAUUUUGGCGUCGGAGAAGAAUGCAAUUGAGCUGAGGGAGUGGAUUGAUAGUGCCUUAGGGGAGAACUAUUCGUUCGAUGCAGCUUUCGAAUUGGCUAACAUUGCAAGGGCUUGUGUUGAAGAUGUGGCUUCUUUGAGACCAAGUGCAAAUGAAAUUGUUGACAAGAUUUCAAGAUUGGUGGAGGAGUUUCCCGAUGAUGAACACCACAUGUUAAUCACCGAAAGCUCUAGCAAGCCAUUGGUUAAUGCUGUAUGAAAAUUUAAAUCCUAAACAUAAGUUUCGUUUAUUUUGGUGAUGGCUCAUGCAAUUGUCUUUAUAUGAAGUUGAUAUUUGAGAAUCCUUAAUUUAUUGUCAUUAAUGAAUCUUAAUUAUCAACUUCACAUAAAUAUAGUAGAGGAUAUACAAGUUCAGUACUCUUGUUGAUGUGAGUGCAUACCUAAUUGCUCUUUCUUGAAAGUGGAGGCAGAGAAAACACAAGUUAUUUGUCUCUCAAUUUCUAU